AUGGAUUCAAUAUACUCCACCUUUUCUUCGACUUCCAAAAGCCAUUUCUCCACUUACAAUAUAAAUGAACUUAGCUCUGGAUUUCCGUCAUCAGCGAUGAUGAAACAAUUCUAUUAUAAAUUAGAUAAAGUAAAAGAGGAUAGGAUAGUAAAUGACCGAUCCAUCCUUUCAAAUCUAUUAAAGUACAAUAAUAGGGUAUGCUUUAUUUCGAUACCAUUCUCUGGCAUAUUUUGUGACUCCGUUGAGUUUCUUCACAGUAUCUUUACAACUAAUGUAUCGUAUGAAGACAAAUGGCAGAAUGUAUUUGAUGAUUAUGAUUUUUCUCAGUUAGAAGAUUGGAUCAUAUGUAUCCAGGCCAAUGAUUCUCCGGAAUUGAAUGAAAUACAUGAAUGGAGGAAGGUCAUAAUUAAUUCAUGUCAAUAUUACCCUAUAUGCCUUCCAUUAACCGAUUCUUUCAAGUAUAGUUUCUCCUCAGAUCUUGGGGCGUGUUCAAAGUUUCCAAAGGAAUUUAACUAUAAUCAUGUUUCUCUCGCAAGUGGAUGUCCUACCCCAUUACUCCUAGAAGUUAACGAUUUUGAAGAAACAAGAAAUUGUAUUCAACAGAUCGAAAGCCAGAACCUGUAUUUAACCACAGAUGAUGAAUGUAACCCCAUAAUCGCAUACACAACAGGAAAUAGUGAUAUUAUUUUGUCUGUUGAUCCGUCAUUCAUUCCUUUAGAAGAGUUAGAACACCAGCAUUUUAAACAUCCUGUGGUCAUCAAUGCCAAUAAUACUGCUUCUUCUGAUCUAAAAAAUAUCAUACCGCAUUUAAAAGCAAUAUCCGGCAUAGUUGGUUUUGAAGUGUCCCUAAACAUCAAAAAUAUCCCAACUCCGAAUCCUGCAUCUGCAUGCUCGUUAAAUUCAUCGACGCAAAAUUCUCAGCAUAAUUCAGUAGUGACUCCUAAGUUGGGAAAAACUAAGGCAAGCAACUGGAUGACCUCGUUAUUUGGUAUUAAACAGAAGAAUGUUACUUCUGUAACUGCAGAUGUUGACUUAGAUAUCGAGAAUAUGAAGCAUUUUUUUGAUUUAUUAUUUACACUGUUGUCUAGCUUGACAAGAACAAAAUAA